GGUAGCGGUUCCACGACCCAAGUUGGCAGCACGCCAUGCGAAAAGAGAAAUAAGCAAAACAUAGGCGGAAACAGUUGUAGUGGCUUAGUAAAAUCAUAAUUGUGCUUUAUUAAGACGUUCGGUACCACAACUUAUAUUCCGGCCACAUUAGGGCUCUUUCUCCAUCCAAGAUGACACAAUCCAUGAAGGAAUUUGACGACUUCAACUUUAGUGUUGACAAAUAUACAAAGGAGCUGACGCGUGAAUGCGUAGGCGGCAGUGAUUUACAGCAGAGAAAGAAAGAAAUUGAGGCAUACAGUGAGCAGACGUCGGCAACACUGAAGCAAACAUGCAAAAGGAAUUAUAUGAAGUUCAUUGAAACCGCAAAGGAAAUAACCCAUCUGGAGUCUGAAAUGUACCAGUUGUCUCAUAUACUCAUUGAACAACGCAACAUAUUGGCAUCGUUGACGGACGGUAAAACCUCUAGCAAUUUAAAGGCGGAAAGCGUGGAGGCGGACAAUGCAACCACCGAAGAUCUGGAGAACAGUCACGCGACGCGCGCUGUUAAAGAAAUGGUGCAGGGCUUUAAUGGAAACUUGGAGGGGAAAACAUUUCUGAACGAGGGUGCGCUUAUUGAACUAGAUCCCAAUGAUUACCGACCCAUACAGCGGGUAUUUUUCUUCCUGUUCAACGAUGUGCUCAUCGUGUGCAAAGUUAAGCAUGACAAGCGUCUCGAGUUUCUCAGCGAAUACGAUCCAAAAAAGAUCGCUGUCAUCAACAUAAGAGACUUGGAUGGCGUCAAGAAUGCCAUUAGCAUUAUAACAACCGACGGGUCUAAGAUGUAUCAAAGUAUUACAGCUGCUGGCAAAAGCGAAUGGAUUGAGAAACUAAACGAAGCCUUUCGAUUUGAUCAGCUAAAGAAAACCAAAAAAGGUCCGGCUCCGCAACCACCCACGCGUGUCAAACAGCAACCGAAAAGUGAAACACCCCCGCCAUCGCAUAGCCCAGCAGAGCCCAAGUCCUUGGAGGAUGAGACGCCCGAGUGGGUAAGCACUGCCAGUGAGGAGAUACAGACGCUCAUUGCGCAACGUCACUUUGAAGAUGCCCAAGCACUCAUCAAGCGCACACAGGACUAUCUGCGCUUGAACAAUAAACUGCCAAGUGCGACCAUCAUUGAGCGCAAGGUGAAGGAGCAGGAGCUAAAACUGACCAACGUGUUACUCAAAGAGCUGUCUAACAGCCACAAUCGCAAUUUGCAAAUUGCGCUGCGCGCCGUUAAGCGGCCGCUCAAAAUACUCGUGGAAAUGGGCCGAUUCCGACAGGCGAGCGCCACUCUCCUUAAAGUGUGUACUGUAAGUUUGCGCGUGGCACAGCGUGAAGCUCGUCGCAAUAAUGCUGAAAUUUCCGAGCUAUUCUUCUGUGAUCUAACGCAAGUGGCAUGUGAUUUUCUGAACGCCUUUGAGGAGCAGCCCGCCUGCGUAAGCGCGCUCGUUGUCUGGUGCAAUGCUGAACUGCAGUACUUUGCAAGUCAGUUAAUCAAACAUUAUCUAACCAAGGGCACAGCGCUGGAAGCUGUGGCAAAGUGUGUGGAACGCGUCCGGAAACCAUCUACGAAGCUGACAGAGAUUGGUCUGGACAUUAGCUACCAUUUGGAAGGUCUGUUGCGCACAACGCUCGAAUCUCUAAUUGAGGAAUCCAAGCAACGUUUACUGGAUACUGUAGGACGCACCGAAGAGAGUUGGCAACCUCAUAACCUGCACACGAAAUCCAAUUUGAAGCGAAUGCUUCUCGAACUAGAUAGCUUGGGCAUUGAUGUGCGUGCCCAAACCACUGGCGAUACUUGGAUAAAUUUGACACAAUCGACGGUGGUUUUCAUACGCCACUUUUUACAGCUUACGGAGCACUGUGCCUGUCUGGCCAAAUGCGAGACACUGCUACAAAGCUUGGAGCUCUUGUUGCGUGAUCUGUUUGUGGCCCAGCAUGCGCUAAAACCGCCCAGUGACAUGGCUGUGGAUCCCAAUUUUGUGAUGAAGAACAAAAUCUUUCUGGUGGAUAAUUUGCUGCCCAUUGCCAUUGAAAAGUUUCGACACAUUUCGGGCCGUCAGUGCGAUAGUUUGCGGGAGCUACAAACGAAGCUGGCACGUCAGCAGGGAGCACCCCUUCCUAAGCAACGCAGUGUCUACACCACAGAUGUUUUUUAAAGUCCUUUUUUGUUUUGUUUCUUUACAUUACUUUGAUUACAUAUAGUUUUUUAUUUUUUCUUUCGUUUGCUUCAAUUAUUUAUAAUAAAUUUAUAUACAUUAUAUAACCACAA